AUGAAGCAAAUGAAUUUUUUAAUAAUAUUAUUGUAUCCUCCAAGAAUAUAUGGCAUGUUGAAAUGUAAAUUUUUAAACCGAAAAUAAACAUAAUUUAAAUAAAAUCAUAGAAUUGAAAUUUAAAAAAUGGCCCAUGUUAGCAUGAUGAAAAUCAAAUAAAAUAAGUAUUUCAAUACAAAAUAUUCACAAAAUUAUAUUUGA